GAGAGGAAAAUUGGAAAUACAAGGAGCUGAAGAAGAGGGAAGAAAGCAUGGACAAUUUUCUUGAGACUUUUGAAGAGAUGAAGAAUCAGGAAUUGGAGCGAAAGGCCCAAAUAGAAACCAGCAUUGUUGCACUCCUGGAGCACUCAAGCAGGAAUGUGAAUCGUAUGAAACAAAUUUCAUCGGUUACCAAUCAAGAGCUGAAGAUUAUGCAGGAAGACCUCACUUUUAAAUCUAAUGAAAUGCAGAAAUCACAGAGCACUGCUAAGAAUCUGCUUACAGACAGUCAAAAACUGCAGAUGGACCUGCAGAAGAUGGAACUCUUGGAGGGCAAGAUGGUUGAUGAACUGGCUUCUCUUAAAGACAAAAUCGAACAAACAAAAACGGAGUUGGAGGUCUAUAAUAAUCUGCCAGCUCUGAAAGCGUCAGGAGAACAGAAGAAAAAGAAACUCCAAGAGGACAAAGAAAAAUUAACAAAACGUAGUCAUGCUUUCAAGAAAAUAAUGGAACACUUGAAUACAGAGUAUGAGACCCUAAAGAGAGAGCUGCAAGAGAAUGAGACACAUUCUCAGCUUACAAAUUUGGAGAGGAAGUGGCAGCACCAUGAGCAAAAUAACUUUAUGAUGAAGGAAUUCAUAGCAACAAAAAGUCAGGAGAGUGACUACCAGCCAAUAAUGAAGAACGUGAGAAAGCUGAUCACGGAAUACAACAAAGCUCUCAUAGAAGCUUUACAGAACACCAAGAACUGA